AGAUUGUGUACAACAUUGUUGGUUUCCCAUUUUUAAACCCGAUCUAUAAAUAAACUCUGCCCGAACUCUCCUCGGAUGCCCUUUAAACAGUCAGCCAUACCUUCAUAUAGGUAUACUUACCCAAAAGAUUUAUUCAUUAUAAAUGUGAAACAGUUUCAAAUAAACCUUUAUGGUAAACUGUCAUGAAAUGUCAACAAAGGACUUUUCUAUAAAUUCUAAACUUUUACUUCAAAAGACCAUUCACUUGGAUUGUCACGGUAGUAAGAAACGCUUUAUAAGCCAUCGUUUGGUUCUGGAAUGGUAUGAAAUGGUUCGCGGUAAAAUAGACAUCUUGGAUUGGUUACGAACUAAUUCGGAAUUCAUUUUAAUUGGCACCCGCAAAAAAGAUCUAGUUUAGUAACUAAACGUUAGUCACUGCAAAUUCAAUGGAUCGAGACCAUUCGUAUGAUUGGGAUGACAGCUGACAUGUUAUGAAAUUCGCGCCAUUUAAGUAGAAGAAUUUUGUUUACAACGAAAAUAUAAAUUUUUAAUUGCGAUGCAUGCUUUUCUAAAAUCCGGUAAACUAGGGGAUACAUCCUUGAAAAGUGCUUCGAAACCUAUUAAGAAACCCAAAUCGGUACCUUGGGUAGAAAAAUAUAGGCCCAAAACUGUAGCUGAUGUUGUUGAACAAAAUGAAGCGGUUUCAGUUCUUGAACAGUGUAUUUUAGGUGCAGAUUUACCAAAUCUUUUGUUUUAUGGUCCUCCGGGUACUGGAAAAACAAGUACAAUUUUAGCAGCAGCAAGACAACUUUUUGGAGACAUCUAUAGAGAAAGAAUUUUGGAACUUAAUGCUUCUGAUGAACGAGGAAUUCAAGUUAUUAGAGAUAAGGUGAAAACGUUCGCACAGUUAACAGCUAGUGGCACCAGACCAGAUGGCAAACCUUGUCCACCAUAUAAGAUUGUAAUACUAGAUGAAGCAGAUUCAAUGACUCAUGCAGCUCAAGCUGCUUUGCGUAGAACUAUGGAAAAGGAAACAAAAACUACGAGAUUCUGUUUAAUAUGUAAUUAUAUAUCAAGAAUUAUAGAACCUCUUACUUCUAGAUGUACUAAAUUUAGAUUUAAACCAUUAAAUGAGAAUAUGAUAUUUGAAAGGUUGUCUUAUAUAUGUAAGGAAGAAGGAAUAUCUGCCGACGACGAUACUUUAACAAGUCUAGUGGAUACAAGCAAUGGGGAUAUGAGAAGAGCUAUCACAUGUCUACAAAGUUGUGCUAAACUCAAAGGAUUGCAAGAAAAAAUUGAUAUUGACAAUGUUAUAGAAGUUACCGGAAUAGUGCCAAAUCAUUGGCUUGAUGAGUUUUUAUCUGUGUGUAAAAAUUUGAACGAUUAUUCACGUUUAGAAGAAUUUAUUCAAAAACUAAUGUUAGAAGCAUAUGCAGCUUCCCAAAUAUUGGAUCAGUUAAAUGAAAAAAUUGUGAACAGUGAUGAGUUUAAUGAUAAACAAAAGGCAGUAAUUGGGGAAAAGUUAGGAGCAGUUAGUUUUCGCUUACAAGAUGGAGGUUCUGAAUACAUACAAUUACUUGAUUUAGGAAAUUCCUUGUUUAAAGCUAAUGCAAUGGCAUAAUUUUAAUUUGUUUUAUCAUUUUUCCAAAUAUAAUCAUUCUUUAUAA